AUGAAACCAACGCAAUUGCUGAAGAAAAUGAAGGCUAGCAGCCAAUUGGGUGAUGACGUACUGAAGUUAUUGUGGUUACAGCGACUGCCAGUGAGAGUUAGAACAAUCGUAGCUGCAGUCGAAGGUGAUUCUGUACAGUACGCCAAGGUGGCUGAUAAGGUAUUUGAGGUAUAUGAGAUAAAGAAUGAGAUAAAGAAAGAAAUUGACGAGUUAAAAGUCAUGGUAAAUAAUUUGAUCAUUCAGUUGGGCAAAGGAGGUAGAAGCAAUGACAGAUAUCGUGGAAAAUGGCGAUCAUCAAGUGCUAAAAGAGAUAAUAUCUGUUUUUAUCAUCGGCGGUUCAAGAAGAGGUCCACAAAAUGUGUUCAGCCGUGCCAGUACAAACCACCACAAAACUCAGCGGGAAACUAA